UUCUUCGUUUUCGCUUAUAGUCCGUCUCCUUGCUCCACCUACGUAAUUUACGUUGGUCGAAAUCAUCAUGAUGGUGAUUGUCAUCACCCAAAUAACGAUGCCUUCCGCUCUCAUCCGGAUUCCCUCGCCUCCCGCCGUUCCGUUCCGUUUCUUUCGUCUUAGCGGCUAACGGGCUGCAUUGGAGUAUAUAUAUAUAUCCGUUCUUGUACCCCGUUCUAGAUUUCCUUUCUUCUUCACGCAACAAUAUUAUAGGUGGAUUCUAAAACUAGCUUUCAGCAGGGUCAUGGAGCUUGGUCUUCGCCUUGGUCUCCUGAAAAAAAAGUUGAAGCAAGAAAAUAUGGCUGGAUUAGAAGUCGACAACUCAAAGCGUGAUGUGUGCGUCGCUGGCUGCGCGCUUGGAUUGAUGGUGUGGUGUGGUGCAGUUCGUGGUGUGGCUUACAUGGCGAGAAGGGUGAUGGUGAGUAUCAUCUUAGCGUUGGACAUAAUUUCUUCGCGCUUGGCGUCUCGAGGCGUAGGGAAAGGUCAGAUCAGAUGGCUGUCAGGGAGGGAGGGGUAUAUAUAUCCCCUCCUCCGCCCGCCCUUCUCUUGUUUUUCUUCUUCUUUACGCACAGGGCCGGAUAUGAGGCUCUAAAAUUGGGCACAGUGACUCAUAAUGCGUGUGUCGUCUUCGCUC